AUGGCUGCCGAUGAGAGACUGCACCCCGCAGAUGAGUGGUCGUCGGCAUUCUCGACCGGCAUCCGUUUGCUGCUUGAGCAAGCGACAGAGGCGGGCGGCCAAGACGGCCACGACUGGGAUGGCGUAUCACUGGUUUCAUGGACCGAAUCAUGCAGAGGUAUCAACACGCACCGCACUGAGUUCAUUACCUGGGUCAAGGAAGGAUUCACAGGUCGCAUUGCGCCAGUGGAUGAUGCGACGAAUAUGAUCAAGGCUGUUGUUCCUGUAGGCAAGAACAAGACUCCGAUUGACCUACGUGCAAGGAACAUGGUCAUUGUCUGGCGAAAAACAGGCGCAAGGCAUGUAAAGGCCGCAUGGAAGCGGAAUCAGGGACAAAGCACUGUCCCGAGCCAGCUGUUGCGACUCAAGGAGAUGUGGACUCUGGCACAUGCUGACACAGCAGUCGACACAUCGGGCGAAGCAUCUUUCGCAAACAAAUGCUUUGUCUGCAACAGGUUCCGUCCUCUUCAGCUCCCUUGCCUGCCGGCGAGCCGCUGUUGCAUAUGUUUGCUGGAUGCACACGUGUCAUGCUCACGCGAUGUCUCGACUGUGGUUCGGCAGAUGAUGUCCCCGGUGCACCGUGAGGCAUCGGAUCCUCCAGACCCGGCCAGGACACCUACAUGCAGGCUCACUAUUGACGGCAUCGACAUCGAAAUCAACGUCCCACCCACAGUACCCACGGGAUUUGACCUUCCCACUGCAUUCCGAGACGGGACUCCAGAGGGGGGGAGGCAGGACCCGUGUGUGCACGAGUUAGUUGCCACGUUGGUGCCAUUGAGAAUGGGUCGACAACGGGUCGUAUUGUUGCUGAGCAUGAGAUUCGCGGUGUAA